AGACAACAGCGGGGGGCCCUUUCUGCCCUUGGGAGAAGCGGUCUUGGAGGUAUUGAUUUCAGUGGUUGGAUUUUUCCCGUGGAUCUAUCAAUUCACAAUUCAAAUUUGGAAGAAAAAAGGAAAACAUGACGUCUCCAGCCAAAUUCAAAAAGGAUAAGGAGAUUAUAGCAGAAUACGAUACUCAGGUCAAAGAGAUCCGGGCUCAGCUCACAGAGCAGAUGAAAUGCCUGGACCAGCAGUGUGAGCUCCGGGUGCAGCUGUUACAGGACCUGCAGGACUUCUUCCGGAAGAAGGCUGAGAUUGAGAUGGACUAUUCUCGCAAUCUGGAGAAGUUGGCCGAGCGCUUCCUGGCCAAGACACGCAGCACCAAGGACCAGCAAUUCAAGAAAGAUCAGAAUGUUCUCUCUCCAGUCAACUGUUGGAAUCUCCUCUUAAACCAGGUGAAACGAGAGAGCAGGGACCACACCACCCUGAGCGAUAUCUACCUAAAUAAUAUAAUUCCUCGAUUUGUCCAAGUCAGCGAGGACUCAGGAAGACUCUUUAAAAAGAGUAAAGAAGUCGGCCAGCAGCUCCAAGAUGAUUUGAUGAAGGUCCUGAAUGAGCUGUACUCGGUCAUGAAGACAUAUCACAUGUACAAUGCCGACAGCAUUAGUGCUCAAAGCAAGCUAAAGGAGGCGGAGAAGCAGGAAGAGAAGCAGAUUGGUAAAUCCGUGAAGCAGGAGGACCGCCAGACCCCGCGCUCCCCUGACUCCACAGCCAAUGUCCGCAUCGAGGAAAAGCAUGUCCGGCGAAGCUCGGUGAAGAAGAUUGAAAAGAUGAAGGAAAAGCGCCAAGCCAAGUACACCGAGAAUAAACUAAAGGCCAUUAAAGCCCGGAAUGAGUACUUGCUGGCUUUGGAGGCAACCAAUGCAUCUGUCUUCAAGUACUACAUCCAUGACCUGUCUGACCUUAUUGAUCAGUGUUGUGACCUAGGCUACCAUGCUAGCCUGAACCGGGCCCUGCGCACCUUCCUGUCUGCCGAGUUAAAUCUGGAACAGUCAAAGCAUGAGGGUCUGGAUGCCAUCGAGAACGCAGUAGAAAACUUAGAUGCCACCAGUGACAAGCAACGCCUCAUGGAAAUGUACAACAACGUCUUCUGUCCCCCAAUGAAGUUUGAGUUCCAGCCCCACAUGGGGGACAUGGCUUCCCAGCUCUGUGCCCAGCAGCCCGUCCAGAGUGAGCUGGUACAGAGAUGCCAACAGCUCCAGUCUCGCUUAUCCACUCUGAAAAUUGAAAAUGAAGAGGUAAAGAAGACAAUGGAAGCCACCCUGCAGACCAUCCAGGACAUUGUGACUGUUGAAGAUUUUGAUGUGUCUGACUGCUUCCAGUACAGCAAUUCCAUGGAAUCUGUCAAGUCAACUGUCUCAGAAACCUUCAUGAGCAAGCCCAGCAUCGCCAAGAGGAGAGCCAACCAGCAAGAGACCGAGCAGUUUUACUUCACGAAAAUGAAGGAAUACCUGGAGGGCAGGAAUCUCAUCACCAAGUUGCAAGCCAAGCACGACCUUUUGCAGAAAACUCUGGGAGAAAGUCAGCGGACAGAUUGCAGUCUGGCCAGGCGUAGCUCGACUGUGCGGAAACAGGACUCAAGCCAGGCAAUUCCUCUGGUCGUGGAAAGCUGCAUCCGGUUUAUCAGCAGACACGGAUUACAGCAUGAAGGAAUUUUCCGGGUGUCUGGAUCCCAGGUGGAAGUGAAUGACAUCAAAAAUGCCUUUGAGAGAGGAGAGGACCCCCUGGCUGGGGAUCAGAAUGACCAUGACAUGGAUUCCAUAGCAGGCGUCCUGAAGCUUUACUUCCGUGGGCUGGAAAACCCCCUGUUCCCCAAGGACAUCUUUCAUGACCUGAUGGCCUGUGUCACAAUGGACAACCUGCAGGAGAGAGCUCAGCAUAUCCGGAAAGUCCUCCUGGCCCUACCCAAAACCACUCUGAUUAUCAUGAGAUACCUCUUCGCCUUCCUCAAUCAUUUAUCGCAGUUCAGUGAAGAGAACAUGAUGGACCCCUACAAUCUCGCCAUCUGCUUCGGGCCCUCGCUGAUGUCAGUGCCAGAGGGCCAUGACCAGGUGUCCUGCCAAGCCCACGUGAACGAACUGAUCAAAACCAUCAUCAUCCAGCACGAGAACAUCUUCCCCAACCCCAGGGAGCUGGAGGGCCCUGUCUACAGCAGAGGAGGCAGCAUGGAGGAUUACUGUGAUAGCCCUCAUGGAGAGACUACCUCAGCUGAAGACUCCACCCAAGAUGUGACCACAGAGCACCACACGAGCGAUGACGAGUGUGAGCCUAUUGAGGCUAUUGCCAAGUUUGACUAUGUGGGCCGGACAGCCCGAGAACUGUCCUUCAAGAAGGGUGCAUCGUUGCUGCUUUACCAGAGGGCUUCCGACGACUGGUGGGAAGGCCGGCACAAUGGCAUCGACGGGCUCAUCCCCCAUCAGUACAUCGUGGUCCAAGACACCGAGGACGGUGUCGUGGAGAGGUCCAGCCCCAAGUCUGAGAUUGAGGUCAUUUCUGAGCCACCUGAAGAAAAGGUGACACCCAGAGCGGGGGCCAGCUGUCCCGGUGGGGGUCACGUAGCCGAUAUUUAUCUUGCAAACAUCAACAAGCAAAGGAAGCGUCCAGAACCUGGGAGCAUCCGGAAAACAUUUCGAAGCGAUAGCCAUGGGCUGAGCAGUUCCCUGAAUGACUCCUCCUCCUCGGGGGUGGGGGCCAGCUGCCGCCCAUCCUCCCAGCCCAUCAUGAGCCAGAGUCUCCCCAAGGAAGGGGCAGAUAAGUGCUCCAUCAGCGGGCACGGGAGCCUCAACUCUAUUAGCCGCCACUCCUCCCUGAAGAACCGGCUGGACAGUCCGCAGAUCCGAAAGACUGCCACAGCAGGCAGGUCAAAAAGCUUCAAUAACCACCGGCCCAUGGACCCUGAGGUCAUUGCACAGGAUAUUGAGGCCACCAUGAACUCUGCCCUGAACGAGCUGCGGGAGCUGGAGCGGCAGAGCAGUGUCAAGCACACCCCUGACGUGGUUCUGGACACCUUGGAGCCCCUCAAAACCUCGCCAGUAGUGGCCCCCACCUCAGAGCCCUCCAGCCCCCUGCACACCCAGCUCCUCAAGGACCCUGAGCCCACCUUCCAGCGCAGUGCCAGUACCGCAGGGGACAUGGCCUGUGCCUUCCGGCCCGUCAAGUCUGUCAAGAUGGCUGCCCCGGUCAAACCCCCAGCCACACGACCCAAACCCACUGUCUUCCCCAAAACAAAUGCCACUAGCCCUGGUGUCAACUCAACAGCUUCCCCACAGUCCACUGACAAGUCUUGUACUGUCUGAAAUAAUUUAAUUGUUCUAGACAAGGGGACUGUAGGGACUGACUGUUAUUAAAAUCUUCCUAUUUAACUAGCUUGAGGACUUCGGUUGAAAAUUAGAUUCUAAGUUGUUCUUGCAAAAUUAGCCGCCCCAUCAUCCAAAACCUUGAGAAUAAAACCCUUGUUACCGCCCUGCCCUUCUUCCUUUCCUUUCCCUUGCCUUUCCUUCCCUUCCCCUCCCCUCCCCUCCCUUCCCACCCCACCGGCUCCCGCCACCCUGGUCAUUGCUCCAGCUGACUGCAGUAAUACUGUUCUUAGGUUAGCCAGAGACAGUUUUCAUUAUCAGGUCACUGUGAAAUCUGGCAAGGCAAGUCAUGAAGAUAUGGGUCCAAAUCUCAGUCCCCUCUGGCCACAGGGGACGCCUUACCCACAUGGUUGGCUCUCUAUGUCCAGCUCUCAGUGACAUCUGGCUUUGGCCAGAUCUGAUUAUAGAAUCACAUGUAAUCCAUUCUUCAUGUUACACACACACACACACACACACACACACACACACACACACACACACAUUUUCCUACUCUCUGGCAUGUGUAGCUUCCUGGCCAUAGACCAGUCUCCUUGUAAAUUAUUGUGACAAUUCAUACAGGAGCCUCCAGGGGUCUCUGUUUCCGUUACAAACGUGUCUGGUCUGGAGAAGCUACCUAGCCUUUGCAAUCUCUCUCAUUCUGAACUGUAGCAGGAUGGGCCCGUCCUGUAAUCUGCGAGGGGCUGUGGGGCUUUCCCUCUGUCUGCUUUUCUAUUGCUGUGAGUUGGUCAUUGGUGUUUGCUUUUGCUAUCCAACCCGUAGAAGUACAACCCAAUCUUAUUAAGGAGCUCUUCAAGUUUCUCUGAAUGUAUAGACAUUUCUCACGUUCCUAUCUUUGUCUCCAGUGGACCAUUUUCCAUUUAAGACAUUUUCCUGUAUAAGACAGUUUUGUAGCUGGUUCCCUUUAGAGUAAAGUCCUAUUGUAUUUGUGGCAGGUUUGAAAAAGGUAAGAACUGGGUCCUUCCUCUUCCCAUUUUUUUGGCACUUAAAGCAUAAAAUUCAUUAUCCUAUUAAAAAGUUAAAUUCCACUUUGCUAAUAUAAAAAUUGUUCCCAAAUGAAAAAUUAUUUUAAGUUCAUCCCUUGGUUUGGUUAUUUUUAUAAGGUCUCUCUCCAGGGACCAACAGGGAUUUAGCCAUACUUAAAGAGAGACGCUGCCCCUUAGAAUCAGUUUUCAUUUAUCCAAACAAGGACAACUAAGGGAGCCCAGCCUCUGAGGUUCUAAAGCUUCCCAAGACUGGAAUCGAAAGAGCAUGAGAGGCUGAAUAUUUUAGCCUUCCUUCGGCCUUUUUCCUGAUUUCCCUCCAAAAUGCAGAAAUGAUCCCCUUGUGUGUGCCAGCCCAGGUUCCAAACUCAGACCUGUGUCCUGGCACCAGGCUGCCAUGGGAGCACCAGAGCUGGAGACACCCACAUCUCAGGCUCACUGGUCCCAGACUGAAGUUCAGUCAUCUUCUCUGUGUUUUCUGGUUUGAAAGCUAUGCUUUUGAUUGAGCCUUUUUGUUUUCUGUAGUUUAGGAGAGAUGGUGGGUUACAAUUCUGGUGGGAAAACCUGAGUGUUCUUUGAUCUGGAAGAGACCUUGUUUGGUCCAACAUGUGAAGCUGGUAGUUAGACCCAUGGAAAGCUUAGCUGUUUCUCAUUCUGUGUGAGGAGGAGGAGAAGCCUGGGGGAGUCCCUUCUGAGAAGGGUGACCUGCUACGUCAGGAAACCACUCCAGGAGCUGGCUCCUGCAGCCCCGUGAGUCAUCCUGGAAGACGUAUCCCACAGUUCUUAGGAUUUUGGUCUUUGUUGCUGUGUCUAGUGGCCUGCUCUUGUCUUGACUGGGCUUAUCCUGGUCCUGAGCCAAGGGAGUGCUUUCAGACACAAGGAACUGCUUCCUAGUUGAAAAUGAAACCCCACCUUACACUCUACAUCCCUUUUAAUCCCGCUGCUCAAAACUAGUUCCCACCCCUGCCCUUUGCCCCUCUGUCCAGAACUCUCUCCUGUGAGAAGGGAAAAGUAAAACUUUCUUCAAGACGACACUUUGGACCUGUCCUGUUGCUCUUGCCUUAUUUCCCUUUCAACCCUGCAUAUGACUUGCGUUUGCCAUCCCCUUGGUCAGUGUUCCUCUGCUGAUUUGUGUCAUCACCUGCACAGUGUGUGAGUAGUCACUUGUGAACCCCAGCUCUGGGAGCCGGGCUGGCAUCCUCAUCCCUGGUGCUCCUGAUACCUUCGAGAUGUCCUGGUCCAGAGGACUAGGACCCGACAGGAGGAGAGUCCUUCCGGCAGAGCUCACUGCAGUCAACUGGAAUUGAGGUUGCACACUGUGAUUUUACACCGAAAAGCCGAAAGGAGCUGGUCACCCGGGGCUUGGGGAGAUCAGUCUUCAGACACACUUGCCGAAACCAGCAUGAUGCUCCCGGGAGCCCCGCUCUGUCCGCCGUGGCACAUACCUUCUUCCCAACAUGGACUCCGAAGGGUCAGCCUUUGGGAAGAGGGUGGGGCGAGGCUCCCAGCAUCCCAAUUUGGGAAACAGAGGAGUUUGCAGCAAGCAUCCUGAAAACUGGAAACCCUGGUCUCAGCCAACCUCCUCAGGGCACCUGGUUUCUCCCCACAACAGGAGCACUGGCACCAGCAUGAGAAGGAGCAGACCUCGGGGAGGGCUGGUGUCCGUGGACUUACCUUCAGAGAGAAGUUAGAUCUUCCAGGGCAUUGCAAUGUGGUGGCGUCUGACUUGUAUGUCACGUUUGUGUAAAAUGGUAUAUUCUUUAAAUAGUGUUGAUAACUGGAAUAUUGUAUGUAUGCUUGGAGAUGCUUUGUGUGAACCUAAGACUGUCACUCAACAGAUGUUGGAUUGGGGGAAAAUCCAAAGCACAACUUCAAAAUAAAAUACAUUUUUAGGUUUCGA